GGACGGCUGAGGAUGCUAUACACAGUCUCGCUCCGUCGCUCGCUCGGACCCGACCCAUUCAACGCAGAAGAGGCCCCAAUCCCUGCGCCGCCGCCGCCGUCGCCGUCGUUCUUCGUUGUCUGCCUCCGCCACAGCCGCGUCUUGUCGUCGCCAACCGGACCGUGACCUCUCCCUCACCACCGCCCCACCGGAGGCGGCGACAUGUCUCAGAACAACCCCUCCCAGCUCCUCCCCUCAGAGCUGAUCGACCGGUGCAUCGGGUCCAAGAUCUGGGUGAUCAUGAAGGGGGACAAGGAGCUCGUCGGCACCCUCUGCGGGUUCGACGUCUACGUCAACAUGGUGCUGGAGGACGUCACCGAGUACGAAUACACUGCCGAAGGUCGUCGCAUUACAAAACUUGACCAGAUACUCUUGAACGGCAACAACAUAGCCAUUUUAGUUCCUGGUGGUUCACCCCCAGAUGUGUAAUGAGCUAUCGCUUCCCAUAAUAACCAUUUGUGGCAAAGGUAGCACAGUGAACUCCACAGCUUAUAUUGCUAAACCACUGGAUGUUUUCUGAGCUCAAAUAUUUUUCUCGUAAUUGUACCAAAGUUUAUUAGCAACUCUGAGAACAUCGAAGCUUUCUCUAAUGUCUUAUGUGUGGAACUUACUGACCUGAAGUAGAGUGGUUGCAUAGCUGUGUUUAUAUGAUUGGCUAUGCUAACUCUGAUGUACCUCUGAUAGCUGUUGAAAGCUCAUGAUCGUGUUCUGCAGUGUGAACUAUGCACCAAAUGCUUCGAUUGCCGAAGAAACCUUGUAACUGGAAGUGUAUCAGCAAUAGUUGCAUUUGCGUAGCAUGCAUUGCUGAUUCAAGGUAUUUUUGUCUGUU